AUGGCUGAAAAUACUGAUUUUAACGAAUUAAACACAAACCUAACGGGUUAUUCGGACACUGAUGAUGAUAAUGAUAAUGAUGAUAAUGUCGAUGUGGAUGUCGCCACCCUAGAAAAUGUUGAAAAUACCGAUCAGCCCGAUGUAGAAGCUGUAGAAGUAGAUGAAGAAAAUACAAAUAUUCAACCGGGCAAUGAAGAUGAAAAUAUUUCCGAUUUUCAAAGCAAUUUUGAAAAUUGUGAUGAUGAUGGUGAUGAUGAAAAUGAUCAAGUAAUGCAAGGUUUUUUUAAACAGCUGUUACACUUACAAGAACAAAUUGAAAAGAAGAAGAAAGAAAAUCGUCUCAUACCUUGUGUUUCUAAUUUUAUGAAAUUAGAUUUUGAUGAAAGAAGUCAACAAAUUUCACCGACUAUCACACGACAUCUGUUACACGUUUGCGGUUUAAUUGUUCGCAAUAAACUUGAUAUUCAAAUAGAUCAUGGUGACCGCGUUGUUUUAGAACAUAUUACGGGUAAAGAUUGUCCAAAGAAAGAUAUAAAAUUUACGCUCGUAGAAGAUCUACGCAUUCUGGGUUAUAUUCGGAAAGCUGUUAGACAACUGGAGCUGAUCAAGAAAACGCAUACAAAAGAAAAUGGGCAAAGAAGUCAAGCGGUUAGCGUUGAUCGACGCAAAUAAAUUUAACAGUUUGAUGGACAUGCUUACAAAAAAUAAUGCACGAGAUGAGAUAUUGAAUAAUGCAAAACGAAGCAGCGAAGAGGCUGGUCUUAUUGAAAGUCGUCAGGAAGUUAAAAAAUCUGUUAGAGAUAAAUCUUCCACGGCCGGCAACGACAUCAUUAAUUAUCUAAGAAAAACGGAUAGUUAUCGAAAAUCGAUCGGUCUUGAUCAAGCUGUAGAUGAUGAUACUGUGGCACCGGAAAAUAAUCCUGUACCCGUGACGGCCGGUGCGUCGGGUGCGGGUCAUAAACCCGGCACAGUUGCUGCAUCGGCAGCAAAAAUAGAGCAACAUUUCCAAAAACACAAUGUAAAACCUACUGCUCAAGGCAUUCGAUAUGGUAGCAAUGAUUUGAAUAUAUCCUAUCAGGAUAUGUUGGAAGAUUUAACACGAAACUACGUACAAACUCAACCCAAUUUAAACGACCAUAGCCGGCGUCGUGUGUUACUGUUAUUAAAAAAAACAAAUAUGCCCAUUUCAUAUAUUCGAAAUAAAACCAUUAAAGAACAGUACAAACAAAUGUUGAGUCAAAGUGGACAAGCUAGCAAACCGGGACCUUCAGCUAUCCCCACCCCCAUAGCAAAAAGUAAAGGGAAACAGAGAAAAGCAAGAGGGUAUCUUUCAGAUUAG